UUUCCCUCUCACUCUCUCUCCCUGUACGUUCAGAGAGAAAAAAAAUAGGGAAAUUCCUUCAAGCUACUUCACUUCAGGUUUCUGUGGGAUUUAAACAUGCACACUGAGGCUUUGGUACAGUCCAUGUUAGCGCCAUUGCUUCUGAUUCUCCUCUCCACUGUCGAGGACACUUUGUUACAAUCAGUGAGCCAGGUGGGUGGUGUGUGUAAGCUGUCUUCAGAGUCAUCUCUGCGCCGCUGCCGGACGCCUGAUGGCAAGAUCUGCAGUGGGAGGGGCGAGUGUGACUGCGGCGUCUGCAUCUGCCAGGCCACAGACCCUGAGAAGUUCUAUGGGCCGCAUUGCGAGUGCCACGACUGGGUCUGUGCUACGCAUAAUGAGAAAACCUGCAACGACCGUGGCUACUGUGACUGUGGGAAGUGUGAGUGUGAUGAGGGCUGGUUUGGAGAGGCCUGUCAGUUCCAGGAAGACUGUAACCUGUCCAACAAGAAGAGCAAAGAGCUCUGCAGAAACCCACAGGGGGUGGUCUGCUCCAACAGAGGCACCUGCCACUGCGGCAGCUGCAUGUGUAACAACCCGGACGAGAGGAGCCUGGUGACGGGACGCUUCUGUGAGUGUGACGACAGCGAGUGUCUGGACGAGGACACCGGCGAGGUGUGUGGAGGCCAUGGCCAGUGUUACUGUGGAAACUGUUACUGUGACGCCGGUUGGCAUGGAGACAAAUGUGAAUUCCAGUGUGACAUCAGCCCAUGGGAGAGCAAGCGGAGAUGCACGUCUCCAGAUGGCAAGAUCUGCAGCAACAGAGGGACCUGUGUGUGCGGGGAGUGUACCUGCUAUGAUGUCGACCCCUCUGGAGACUGGGGCGAUAUUCACGGAGACACCUGUGAGUGCGAUGAGAGGAGUUGUCACGCAACCUACGACCGAUACACCGAUGACUUCUGCUCAGGCCAUGGCCAGUGUAACUGUGGCAGGUGUGACUGCAAGGAGGGCUGGGCGGGGAACAAGUGCGAGCAUCCUCUGUCCUGCUCCUUGUCUCUGGAGAGCAGUCUGAAGAAGUGUCGAGGAACGUCCAAUUUGCCCUGUUUUGGACGAGGACAGUGUCAGUGUGGGCAGUGUACCUGCCACCCGCCUGGGGACAGCCGCGUCCACGGCAAGAACUGCGAGUGUGAUGACCGUCAGUGUGAGGACCUCAGUGGAGAGGUCUGCGGAGGUCACGGUUACUGCUCAUGUGGACGGUGUAUCUGCGAGGAGGGCUGGUUCGGGAAGCUGUGCCAGUUCCCCCGGUCCUGUGACAUGAGUGACGCCCAGAGCAAGGAGCUGUGCGAGACCUCCGACGGAGUUGUGUGCAGUGGAAAAGGUUCUUGUCACUGUGGCCGAUGCAUUUGUUCUCCCCAGGACUGGUGGGUGUCUGGAGAGUUCUGUGAGUGCGACGACAGAGAGUGCGACAAACAUGACGGCCUCAUCUGUACAGGGAAUGGACUGUGCAAUUGUGGCAACUGUGAAUGCUGGGAUGGCUGGACGGGGAACGCUUGUGAGAUCUGGGUUGGAACAGAGUACUAAGGAGAGCGGGACGGUGUGAUGUUAGGGACAGAGGCCUGGCUGCCCGGAGCCACCAGGAGUAUUGCUGAUGGUCACAACCACGACGCGAAAACAUCACAGUCUGGAGACCAUGGGGGGAGGGAGAAAAGAGAUGGCAAAACCAAACGUGGAUGUAAUACUUCAUUCCAGUUUCUGCAUAUCACUUGUAUAACAUUCAUUCAUUCAUUGUACUGGGUACAAAUUGUCUUUAUUAAAACUGUGUUUUGUAUGCAAGAAAGAAACAACCAUGGGAGCAAAAAGCAUUUUUUUGUUUAUAUCACAUAAUAGUGUAACCUUUCAUACGUUUCAAUAUAACUAUAUGUAUGAUUUUUUUUUUUUUUUUAAAUAUAGGAAUGCUUACAUAUUCCAGAGAGCUACACAUAAUAGGAUGCAGGUACAUAAACAAGUCAGAUGCUGAGAAGAAAAGAAAAUGUUUUAUUAUUAAGGUGAUUAUUAUUAUUGUUGUUGCCGUUGUUUUUUAAUAUUUGGGAUUUUGCGGGGUAUAAUGUAUGUCUGUUGAUAACUGGUACAAAGUGCUCUUUUUCACAAACUGGACUCAAUGUUCACCCUGCACUCAAAGUCAGAGGUAUUGUUUGAGGUUUUUAUUUGUUUUUAAUAAUAAAACAUUAAAUGUGCCGCAUGACACAACAUUUUGCAUGGAAAACAAUGCGAAGACCGUAAUCAUACAUGGUUACAAAUUUGUUAUAACAUGACAUAACUCCAAUGGGCAUACUUGCAAUGGUAUAUAUAUAUUUUUGAAAAUAAAUCAUUUUAAUAGUG